AUGUCGAUAAUACAGGGAAAAGAGAAUGGGAAUGGUGGUGUACCACUGCAAUACCCGAUGCUGUCACCUACGAACUACACAACAUGGGCAAUAAAGAUGGAGGCGAUAAUGGAUGCCCAGGGAGUAUGGGAAUCCAUCGAGCACCGAGUUGGCGCGGCUGUUGAUGAAAAGAAAAGUAAGAAGGCUCGAGCACUCAUAUUCCAGGCGUUACCCGAUGAUGUGAUUCUUCAAGUUGCGCAGAAGAAGACGACAAAAGAAGUAUGGGAUUCGUUGAAGACUCGUUACCUGGGUGCCGAUCAGGAAAAAAUAAGUGGGAUAAGCUCCAGUUAUGUAAGUCUUGGUGAGAACCUAGCCAAUGGAGUGUUGGUUAGAAAGCUACUCGAUUCUGUCCCAGACAAAUACCUGCAACUCGUUGCCUCUAUUGAGCAAUAUGCUGAUGUAGACGACAUGCCGUUCGAAGAAGCCAUUGGAAGACUUAAAGCUUAUGAAUCCCGCUUGAAACUUCGAUCCGAUAACGCAGCCACAGAAGCAAAAUGCCCUAAACCAAAACAUACAGAAGGAAAUGUGAAUCUUACUCAAGCACAAGAAGAUGAGACAACUCUACUCUUGACUGUACACGGAGAAAAGACUGAAGAGUUGGUUCUGUUAAAUGAAGAUAAGGUCUUUCCAAGUCAAAAUGGGAAUGAAAAGGACACAUGGUAUCUAGACAAUGGAGCUAGUAACCAUAUGACAGGAGUAAGAGAAUAUUUUGCAGAACUGGAUGAAAAUAUAAGGGGACAGGUACGGUUUGGAGACGGAUCAAGAGUUCAGAUCAAAGGCAAGGGAACCAUCUUGCUAGAUUGCAAGAAUAAAGAACAACUGGUCAUUGCAGAAGUGUAUUACAUUCCGGCUCUCCGAAGUAACAUUCUAAGUCUCGGGCAGAUGACGGAAGAAGGCUAUAAGAUUGGGAUGAAGCAAGAAUUCCUAAAGGUACAUGACAAGUACAGCAGGCUUGUGAUGAAGGUAUAA